UUAACAUGUGCGCUUCAAUACCCUCUUUAUGCGGCCGUGGAAAAUGCAUUUCGGUACAGACUGGCUACACUUGUCUGUGUGAACCUGGAUUUAAGCUCAGUGCCUUGCAGACCAAUUGCAUCGAUGUAAAUGAGUGUGAUGAAAACCCAUGUGAAGGGAAGGGUCGCUGCAUAAACAGCCAUGGCUCCUACUCAUGCCAGUGCCACAGUGGUUACAGCCAGGUGAUCACACAGAACAGGAAGUUCUGUCAAGACAUUAAUGAGUGCAGCAUGCCCAACAAAUGCCAGAAUGGGAAAUGCGUCAACACGGAAGGAUCUUACACCUGUGAAUGCAACAGUGGUUUUGCCAAAUCGUGGAGAGGCCAAUGCGAAGAUGUAGAUGAGUGCAAGGAUCCCAGCUCGUGUCCCAGCGGGAUCUGCAUCAACACACUGGGCUCCUUCCAGUGCCAGGCCUGCAGCCCCGGGUUUAGACUCAUCAAUGAAAGAUGUGUGGGUAAGGUAACCGUCAAAGCAACAGAACCAAAAAAAACUUUUUAAUUAGUUCUGUCAGUUCUGAAAAAAGGGCAUCUGUCAUUUUCUGUUAAGCAACAUAGACAUAAAAAAGGCCUGGACCCUGAAACACGAAGGGCACAUGGCAACAGAUUUAUCAGCAGUUUGCUGUAUGCUGCUGGACUGUUAGCCAAGUGGCAUACAUUUGAUCAAAUCUGUAGCCCUACGUUCAAUAUUAAGUAAAAUAUAGACACAAUCAGAGGUCCUGCAGUGUGUUUUGAGCAUCUGGUGCAGCGGUCAAGCAGAAGCGAGUUUUGGACGUCGCAAUGCAAUUUAGGCACCUUGAUGUCGCAUCUGCAUGUCACAUGCCUAAAGUUGAGUCCCUGACUGGUCAACACGAGGCAUCUUCUUUGCACCGAUGACAGCAGCCUCUCACUGUCUCUGCUUGUUUACAUUUCCAUGGGUAAUGCACAAACCGUCAUAUACUUACCUCAUUUAUUUUUAGUGUUUUGACUAACUUUUUUUUAAGAAAUAGUGGAAAAUACUUCCAUGUAAGGAGGGAAAAUAUAUACUUUUGGAUACAGCUUUGAAAAAAAAAAAAACAAUGCUUUAUUGGACCUUGCAAUUUUGAGCCCAACAAGACAAGAUGGACAGGAGGACCAAACGUCAUAAAAGAUGAAUGAAAGUAGUGUUGCAAGCUCCUUAUUAAGUAAAUGACUUGUGCAUGCUUGGUUUCCAGAAACUUGAUUUUGAGGUUGGUCUCACUAAAUUGUCUUUAGGUGUGUGUGUCUGGCCAUGCAACAGAAUGGUGACCUCUGUGUAUCCCACCUUCACCCAAAAGUGCCUGGUUGAGACUAGCAUUGGAGAUGAAUGAAUGGAUAAAAAGAUGAAUAGAUGCUUAGAAUAAGUCAAAUUUAAAUCCCACACUGUAAACUGUGUUGAAUCCACUGGAACAUUCAUUUCAUAAUGUGGCGUGGAGUAAAUUUCCCUACACUUGAGAACUGUCAC